AUGUCUCACAAUGGGGGGUACUGUCAUUCCACAGUUGUGUAUGCACUAAAUGAGUGUAGCAUUCGUCACACUGACACAGCAAAGAAGUAUGGCUGUGAGCCACAGCUACGGAGUUCGCUGACAGAGAGUGGGGUGGAGCGGGAGAGCCUGAGGCUGACCACCAAGCUGUGGCCUGGAGACUACGGCUAUGAAAGCACCAGUGAAGCCUGCCUGGAGUCUUGCUGAAGACUUGGAGUGGAAUAUGUUGAUGAUGGCCUUUGUGUGUCUCGCUGGAAGAAAACAUCAUUGUGGCAAGAAAUGAAAGAACUGGUCGAUGAAGGAGUGUGCCAUUCCAUUGGAGUCAGCAAUUUCCUUGCCUCUCACCUGGAGAAGCUGAAGGAGGACAGGAAUGUCAUCUCACACAUCAAUUGGGUGGAAUAUCAUCCUUUCCAGGGGUCUCAGGAGCUUGAGGAUUACUGCCAGAGUGCUGGCAUUGUGUUUGCGGGCUACUGUCCUCCGGCCAAGUGCCAGGCCUCGUCUCACCCACAUAUCCUCCAGCUCGCAGAGAAGUACGGCUGCUCUGCUGCUCAGAUCUGCAUCAGCUGGAGUCUGCAGAUAGGUGCAGCCUCACCCUCGCUCACCAUCCAGUUCAUUCACAUUCAGUUCGCUCGGGCUCCAGUUUCAUCUCCAGCUUCUGACUCAGGAUGCAAGGUCCUGCCGAUAAGCCAGGCUGGACUGCGCUGUCAUCUGCAGUGCCCUGGAAUCCUGCAGACCUGCCUGGGUCAGGAACGGGACUAG